GAAACGAAACCCAUCUGACUAUUUUUUUUUUUGCAUUGAUGUGCUUAAAUGUGUUAGAAACUGGAUUAGGCUACGAUAGCCUACUCUUGAAUCUAUCUAACACACCCUAACUCGACUGACGCCCACUCUCACGAGGCGAUUGUUUAGCCUCACAAUGCUGCAGUGAUAAUAACACUCGCAUUUGGCUAUAUUUUAUUUUAUGGAUUUAUGAUGGUUUAAUUGCCCACCUUAUGGAGUAUCAAGAUUUCAUGUAUCGUAUAUAGCAAAAGGCAUUUCUACGAUUUUCAUAGUAGUAGUCUACAUAACAGGCUACUGUACGUAAACGUAUGAUUUCAUUCCGCUCACGUCCGUUCGACUGCAUGCCUGGUACUACUAGCACGCCUGGCUGGUUUGAUAUUUUGGUCUGUUCCUGGUCACAACUCAUUCGACUAUGCAUUUGAAAUGCGUUAGGGCUAGUGUAGGCCUAUGUUUUCCACACGAAUUCUGAUAGAACAGACGGUCCACGUUGUGGAUGCCAGUAAGGGCUCCAACCCUUGCCUGAGGACCUGGACUGAAACCUCAGCCAGGUCCGUGUAAACAACAUGGGGAAUGCAUGUAGUUGCUGUUGUCCUGAAAACCCCUGUGAACGGCAGGAUGAGGUACAGCGGCUGCUAGAUACCGUCCAGAGCCCUCAGACCUCCAGUAAAGUUUUGGACGGGGCUCCAGUGAGUACAGACUGUACCACUGCAGAAAGCUCUGAGACACCUUCACCUACAGAUGACCAGGUGGCCGACCAGUUGAAAGCAGGCACGCCACUGGAUGCCGCUCAACCUGAGGUGGUCUCAGGUGAGGCAAAUGUGCAGGUGAAGGCAGACCUUCAGGUGAAGCCUGAAGCAUCAGGUGAUGCUGCUAAUGUACAUGGGAAUACAGUGUUUGCUGUGGACAGGAGCAUACUGUCAGACCAGCAGGAGGUAGCUGCUGGAGUGGUGUCACAAGUGUUGGCAGAUGCCACUAAGAUUGUCAAAGUGUCUGGAGAGGAGGAUGUCCCAACUUCCACUGCACCACAAACCCAGGAUGUAUCCACUGGAAGGGUUGAAACCCAGGAUGCUUUCCCUGAGAAGGUGGAGAGCCAGGCUGUGUCCACAGAGAAGCUGGAGGUGCCUUUCACCAUGACCAAGAGCCCCUCUGUUUCUGUAGAGAAGUUGGAGAGUGAGGAGGACGCUUCAACUGUGAGCGAUAGCCAGGCUGAUUCCACACUGAUCAAGAACCAGGCUGUUUCCGCAGAGAAGCCAGAGAACAAGGACGUUUCCACUGUGAGUGAUAACCAGGCUGCUCUCAUCGGAAUUGAAAGCCAGGCUGAUUCCACACUGAUCACGCCCCAGGCUGUUUCCAUUGAGAAGCAGGAGAGCCAGGAAACUGCCACCGUGAUCGAGGACCAUGCUGUUGCUCCUGUGAUCGAGAGCCAAGUCGCUGCCACCGCCAUCGACACCCAGGCUGUUGCCACAGAGGACCUGGAGAGCCAUACUUCUGCUAUCGUGAUCGAUAGCCAGGCCACUUCCACCAUUACUGAUAACCAGACUGUUUCUCCUAUUAUUGUGCCUGAGACCCCAGACUGCUCUGUUAAAGUAGAGGUUCAGGAUGAUUUAACAAAGAUUGACACUACACCACCGAAAAGUCCAGAGAAGAAAGAAGUACUUGCUGAACUUGAACAGGAUACAGUUGUGCACUUCAAUGGUUCCCUUGCAGAGCGUGUGUCUGUCAAGGACAUUGUCGAUGAUGUCAUUCUACCUGAAGAGCACCUUUCCACCAGUAAGGUAGAUGUAAAGAAAGUAAACCUGUUGAUGCCCAAUUCCUCAGCUGAGGAGGAUUUGACUGAGGCUCCCAAAGGGUUGUCUCCUUCCACUGACACUCAUGCCCAGUAUAGAAACUCUGUAGCCCGGGAUUGUGAACAAGAUAUGCCCCUGCACAGUAGUGAGGAUGAACAGCCACUCACCCCUGCCGUGCUUAACAUAGAUGCUAAGCUUGCUGAGUCAAUCCCACAGCACAGCAGUGAUGUUGUUCAUGCGAUCAGUAUGGAGGAAUCGUGCUCUGAGAGAGGUCUUGAACUCAACUCUGCUACCACUGACACUUCUGAAAGUGUGCAAGAUGGCGAGGACAAAAAGAGGACUGACAAGGAUUCGAACAUCACAGAGGAGCCCUGCAAUGGUGAAGACUUGGACAACCCCCUUUCCUCAGUUACACCUGAAAAAGAUGUACACACUGAGAUUAGAGACCCUGCUGCAGACUCUGAUGCCCAAGAUGUGGUUGGCCUGGCCACUGUGUCUUCACUGGACGAUCUGUUGGAGGAACAAGAGGCAGUGACAUCCAUGAUGUCCAAGCAGGAUAAGCUAGAAGUGGCAAAGAGAGUUGCUGCUGGAAUCGCAGAUGGGGAGCUGGUCGGGUGUCCAGAUGAGAGACCUGGAAGUGCUGGCAGAUUGAGUCCGGUGUCGGACGGCAAUGAUCUUAACUGUGAAGAAGAUCUCUAUCGUGGUGAGGAGGAGAUUGAGGAAGAACUGGACAAGAAAAAAACGCUGGAAAUUACCAUUCCAGGACCAGAUGACCGAUGCAGUCUUGAGCCGCCCAUGGCCAUUUUGAUGUACAGUGAGAGGGAGUGGAAAGGGCAAACCACUAAAAGUGCUGUCAUCAGAAAGGGCUACGCUGCGCUCUCCGAGAGCUUCCGAUGCCUCCGGCGGGUCCGAGGAGACAACUACUGUGCCCUGCGAGCCUCCCUGUACCAGGCACUGAUGAGCACCACCCAGCUUCCUGACUGGCUGCAGCAGGAGAGCUUCUUAUUGAAGGCGGAAGAGCUUCAGUCUCAAUAUGGUCUGAUUAACGGAUGGGUGUUUCCUGACGUAUGUAAGCCGAUGAAUGGGAUUGAAAAUGAUGUGGAUCUGAUGAAACAUUACCUGAGCCUUCUUCAGAAAUGGUGGCAUGCGGUGGCAGACUCCUCUGGGCUCGAGGAGCGCAGGCGUGUGUGUGAUGAGCUCUUCCAGGGCGGAGAGGACGAGUUUGGCCUCAUGGAGGCGCUCAAGCUGCUGAUGUUAGCCCGCGCCGUGGAAUUGCACGCCGCCAUGCAGAAGGGCGAUGAUGUGCCCAUCUUCUGCUGGCUGCUAUUUGCCCGCGACACCUCCUCGUGCCCGCGCACGUUCCUGGCCAACCACCUGAGCCAGGUGGGCUUCAGUGGAGGUUUGGAGCAGGUGGAGAUGUUUCUCUUGGGUUAUGCUCUACGCCACACCAUCAAGGCCUACCGCCUGUACAUGGCUGAGACAGAAGAGUUCAUCACACAUUACCCUGAUGACCAUGUUCAAGACUGGCCCUGUCUUUGCCUGGUAACUGAGGAUGACCGUCAUUACAACGUGGCAGUUGGCGAGCCUAUCUGUCCUCAGGACAAUCUCUCUGGAGGACCGCAGUGAUUGGCUAUUCAGCUCUUCUUUUUCUGCUACUUUGAUUGUUGACCCAAGAGAUCAGGGUUCGAGCAUGGCCAACUCAGGAUACUGCUUUCAGCUUACUAUUUUUACUAUAUUUUACAAUAUACUAUUUUCCUCUGCAUCACAUUUGCUACUGUAUUGUGGAAUCUUUCCCUGGAAGUCUUCCUUUGGAAGCUACAAAGGCCUUUGUUGGCUGUCUACAGUAGCUUUAUACCUCAUGCAGAUGGACUUGGUGAAAAAAAGACAACAGCUGCAAAGAAAAGCACUCCUAAGCACAAUAAGGGAAGGAUGCUUGAAGAACUGUAACUUAUGAGUUGUAUACACUAUAUUUUUUCAAAGGUUGUAAUUUAUACGGGUCAGGAAAGGAGAUGUUGGGACACUGGGCCGUCCUGACCAACCAAAAACUCAAAUUAAGUGGCUCUCAUCUUGGUGUAUUGCCCUUACAGACAAACAGUAUAAUGAUCCUAACCCAUGAAGAAAAUGACCAACUCAGCCUGGCCAACACACUUUAUCAUGGUUUGUGGUCACAAUUUGUGCAUUCCUCAACUAUGCCUGAUUCUUUUUUUUCUCACUCAGAGCAAACGGAUUGUUUACUGUCUGAAGGCAUGUCUACUUAUGAAGUAGAAUUUAAAAUCUUAAAAAACAGGUAUUUAAUUCAAAAAAUGUGCCAAUAUUUCUGCAAGUGGAAUUAUCAGCCCAAGCUUUUGAUUUGUGUUUUUUACCUGAUGUAUUGCAAGGGUUCACAAGUCAUUUAGGGCGCUCAUGUACAGUAAUAUUUUCUUGUACUACUGAUUGUAAUAGACUAACAACAGAUGCUGUAUUUUUAUACGUGACUCAGUUGAGUUUUAGGAUAAAAUAAUUGUCAGUGAAUCUUUAGCUGGUUAAACUAACACUGGUGCUUAACAACAAAGAGGGAAUUAAAAAAAAAAAAAAAAAAAAAAAGAGUUGGAGAGAAAAUGUCUGAAACAGGUGCAAUUUUAAUAUCUCCAGAGUAUGUAAUAAAAGACACGUUUUGUCAAU